UCAUCAUGCCUGAACCCGCUAAAGCUGCGCCCAAGAAGGGCUCCAAGAAAGCCGUGACGAAGACCGCCGGUAAAGGAGGAAAGAAGCGCAAGAGGACCAGGAAGGAGAGCUACGCUAUCUACGUGUACAAAGUGCUGAAGCAGGUUCAUCCUGACACCGGCAUCUCCUCCAAGGCCAUGGGCAUUAUGAACUCGUUCGUCAACGACAUCUUCGAGCGCAUCGCCGGUGAGGCUUCUCGUCUCGCCCAUUACAACAAGCGCUCCACCAUCACCUCCAGAGAGAUCCAGACCGCCGUGAGACUGUUGCUGCCCGGGGAGCUGGCCAAACACGCCGUGUCUGAGGGCACCAAGGCCGUCACUAAAUACACCAGCUCCAAGUAGAGCUCUGACUGAGAACAACACACAAAGGCUCUUUUAAGAGCCACACAUCUGUAUCACUUAAAGAGCUUCCUGAGAAUAGAUUAGUGUAGUUUAAGGUAGUGACUGUAAGCUUGACCAUCUUCAUAAUAAUGAAGAACUGUAAGGCUGUUCAACAGUAAUUUGCUUGUAUGGGUUAUGG